AUGCUUGCUACAUCUGCAGCUGCAUUAGCCCAUGACCCUCUCGUGCGGAAGGCUGCAGACUCCAAAGGUCUGUUAGCGUGUGUCCAAGGGUGCCUGGGAUCCAGUGGCGCAAAUCGGAUCAUUACUCCAUCCAGCAGCCAGUACCUUUCCGCCAGGUCGGGUGCGAUUGUUUCAAACAACCAGUUCCCAGCAAUGGUGGUAUACGCCAACAAAGUCGAUGAGCUUGGUCCACUAGUCAAGUGCGGUGUUGCUAAUGGAUUUGUGAUUGUGCCACGCUCCGGCGGGCAUCAUUUCCAGGACUGGUCUUCAUUGAUGGAUUCGCUAGUGAUUGAUGUGUCCAACAUCAACUACGUUCUGCCAUCGGACGGUGCGAAGACAGCUGUGGUUGGCGGAGGCGCCAGACUUGGUGCCAUAUACAGCAUUCUGCAGGGCUACGGGAGGUCGUUUGCAGGAUCCAUCUGCCCAAGGGUUGGAAUUGCAGGCCACAUCAGUGUGGGGGGCUACAAUAUGCAGAUGCGGACGGAGGGAAUGUCGGUUGAUAAUGUGGAGUCGGCAAGAGUGGUGCUCGCCAAUGGGAACUUGGUCACUGCGUCUGCAACGUCGAACCCAGACCUCUGGUACGCCAUUCGCGGAGGUGGAACCUUUGGCAUCAUCGCAGAUGUGGUCCUGAAGACGAAUCCUUCGCCCCGAUCUGCAAUGUUCUCCAUGAACUUUGGCAACGAUACCCGGCUUGAAGUGACGCAAAAGUUCCUCAACUGGGCGUCGCAACAGGAUCCCCUGUUCAACUCACAGCUGAAUUUGUGGUCUAACCGUACGGGCAUUCUCGGGUGGUACCAGGGCAAGACAAAGGAGGAGCUUUCAGCCAUUGUAGCAACGUCAGGACUCGCGGACGUAGCCGGAGGCAGCAUCAAGAUCAGCGACAACUGCAGCGUAGCCAACUCGCGCAACUUUUGGCUGGGACUCCAAGAUACCUGCACUGACGAUGCAACGGCGGACAAGCUCUUCUACACAUUGAACAACGUAGCGGCCGACGCUCUCACGUCCGUUCAGACAAAUGGGCUGGCCACAGUGCUCAACCAAACGCCGGCGCUGCCGGAUGUUGCGCGAGCUAAUCGAUGGCCACGCGCCGACGUCGCAUCCAAGACGUUUGUUGAGACGAAAGACAAGCCGCUUAGCGCGGCAGACGUUGAAUGGCUGGUGACUGAGUCGGGCAAGCUGCCCAUGGAUGCAGGAUUCUGGGCCGAGAUUACCACGUUCAACAUGAGCAUUGCAUCGACGACGAGUGCCUUUCCAUGGACGACUCAGGCAAAGACGCUGUUCCGCAUGCAGGUCACCAAGGGACUUGGCGACCAGAAAGUGCAGAGUCAAGCGGAUGCCUUCACCAAGAGCGUUGAGACGACUCUGCGGCCAAAAUUUGGGGAUGCGAGUUACACCGGCUACGUCGACAAGGACAUCUCGGUUAAUCCGUACAAGGCGUAUUAUGGCGAUACUGUAUGCAAACUGGUCCAGGUGAGGAAGAAGUACGAUGCGAAAAAUGUCUUUUCCAACCCUUGGUCCGUGGGGCCCACUCCUCCAAAGGGCUACAGCUGCUAG